GGUUUGGAGUCUCCAUUGAGGAGCAUUGAGAAUUGGACACAUUAGUUGAAUUAUCCUGACCCAUUUUUACUGCAACAAGAGGAUUGCCACUGGGCUGGGAGAACAUAAUGGUUGUUUUGAAGAUCUCAUCCCUGCUUGCUGUCCUCGCCUUGGUACUUUGCCAGAUGCCCAGCUCACAUGCAGUACCCGUCAGACCUGGGCUGGAGGCAGUGGCAGAGAGAGUUGCAGUCAGUGACUAUGAAGCCCGCAGGUUACUCAGCGCUUUGGUGAAAGAGUUUGUACAGAUGACGGCAGAAGAAAUGGAAGAAGCAAAUGAAGGAAACAGCCCGGAUAGAUCCAUUUCCAAACGCUGCUCCAAUCUGAGUACUUGCGUCCUGGGGAAACUGUCGCAAGAGUUGCACAAGUUGCAAAGUUACCCUCGUACCGACGUUGGCGCUGGUACCCCAGGGAAGAAGAGAAACAUUAUGCCCGACAUGGACAGUGACCGUUACAGCAACUACGCGGAGCAGUUUGACCAUAACUAGAGCACACAGCCCCUUUAUUCAUUUUAUUUUACCCUCUUUUUUUGUCACUUGAUGCAUGUGAUGUUGUUUCCUGAUUCAGCACCGGACACUAACACCUUCCUGACUCGGAUCUCAGAUAGAUUAGGGCACCAGUGUAGUCAAUCAUAAAAGUGUGCCCCCUAUAGUCCACAAGCAUUUUGGGAAUAGAUCAGUUUGUACCCUUAGAUUGCAAGUGAUCAUUUGGAAAAUGUGUGUGUCUAUGGAUCUGCAUAGAAUCACACACGUGCUGCCUCCAAUAAAAUCAUAUUCUCACGCCUGACCAUGCACUUAAUUAAUAAACCUAUUUUUCUACAAGUUA